AAAACAUUUAUUAAAUAUACAAACAAAUAUUUUUAAUAGUGUCAAAUUAUUUAUUGUUGAUGAAAAUAAAUUAAAAAAGUUAACUUAAUGUUACUCAGCCCUGUUGUUUUGCCUGCGUGUGUACCUAAACAUGGCCGACAUUGAUCAAGAGAAGUUGCUCCCUCGCAACGUCGUCGCCGAUGAAAUGUCGUCUGUUCAGCUCGAUUCAGAUUUAAAAAAUGUCGCCAAAGAUGACCGCCUGGCUCAUCGCUCUGCUGAAAAUUCCGAAAUAGGCGAGGAUGAAAAUAACAAAUGUAAUGAUAAACUUGAUUAUGAGGAUGGGGAUUUUAAAAAUGAAAAAAGUGCUUUCCCUUUCCACAAAUACUUGACGAAUCCGUUGAUGCUGUUGUUGGAUGAUGUCUGCAUAAAAUCAAAUAACAUUCUUGAUUCCAUUUUCAAUGAACUAACCACUGAUGAUGAUGAUGAUGGAAGACAACAGUCAUAUUCAAAUAUUCCAUUGAUUUUACAGGGAUGUGGCAGUGGCCUCAAAGAGACAACUGAACACAUUGAGAAUCUAAUCCAGUUUGAAAACUACGACCCUGAUCAUAAUGAAAUUUCCAAAUUGAUACCGGCAAACUUGCAUGAAAUAGACAACCUGGCAGGCCUGAGCAUAGUGAGUCACAGUCUGGGGGCCUAUGUGUCGGUACUGGAGGCCGCCCACUUGAAAUAUCUUGCCACAAAGAUAGUCACUGAUAUUUCACUCUGGAUCUCAAGGAUGUUUAGGUAUCCUGAUUCGGCAGCACACUUUCACGAGGAUGAGAAGGAAGGAAUUCUGAAAAUCUGUCAGCUGGCUAUGCACAAAAAGUUUCCAAAAUAUUCAACUGAUGGCUUUGUGGCCCUCUACAACAAGCCACCGGUCAUCUACAUCAGCUCAUCUGCCAAGCAUAACAUGGCCCAACAUAUAUGCCAUCAGCUCGGUCUGCCUCUAUCCAGCAUCUGCACAGUGCCUUGUACCCUUGGAAAGAUGGACAUUCCUGCCCUCAAGAAGCUGGUUGACGACGACGUUACUCGUAUGAAGACACCUGUCAUUGUCAUUGCCUUUGUCGGUACUCCGUUAUUGGGUCGGUGCGACGACCUGAAUGAACUUCGUGAAAUAUGUCGGCAGUAUGAUUUGUGGCUACACCUUGAAGGUUGUGGUUUAUCACUGUUGACCCUGCCCACUGUACCUGGCCACCUACAGUCAGCCUCCAUAUGCAACAGCAUGACCCUUAACAUGGCUGCCUGGCUGGCCCUACCUGCCCUACCAUUUGUGACUCUCUUCAGGUCACCAGACAUUGUCCUUUCGAGAUUAGUUGCUCUGAGUACAUUCAACGUGAGGUUUAAAUUGAACUGCACACCUCUUUGGCUCUCCAUACUCAACUUAGGAUACUAUAAAACAUUGGCCCGAUUUCAAUUUCACUACAAAGUGGCUACAAUGAUAUACAACAGAUUGAAAUCAAUCGAAAUUGAUAAUGAGCUUGCUGUGUUUGAUUUGGAGAGCCCAUCUGUUGUGUUCAAGUACCAGAUAAAAAGAGGGAAUCAGGAAUCUCUCGAAUCAAACCUCAGCAAAGGAGCUGAUAGUGACGCACAAUCACCAUCACCGAAACUCGAUUCAUCUGAAGCAUCGCCUUCACCAUUAUCAUCAUCUUCAUCGUCAUCUUCAUCAUCAUCGCCAUUCGGACCGAAGGAUUCCUACUGUGAUACUCUCAACAUCUGGCUGGCGGAUAUGUUGAAGCACGCUGCUCCAGACAUUCACAUCUCUGUAGUUGACGUCGACGAUGUCGGCAUGUGCAUGCGGUAUGCUCCACUGGAAAGUAGCUAUGGUGAUUGGACGUUGUUGAAUGUAACUCAGGAGGAUGUGGAUAAUUUCCUUGACUGCCUCGAGCAGAACAUUAAUGUCAUCGAUGCCACAGUGGCCAUGAAGAAAGAAUUCAAUGACAUCAUCCAGGAGCAAGACAACAUACGAUUGGUCGAACUGCAGACAUGGGCGGGACUUGGAGCUGUCCAAUAUGUUCCAGACAAUUUGGUCAAAUUUGCGGACGAGUUGUCCGAGGAGGCCAAAAAUGAGGUCAACUCACUUAAUCAGCAAAUUGUUCAGCAACUCAAAUCAUCCGAUUCUGCAUUCUCAUUAGGAUUAACAGAGAACGAAGUGUAUUGCAUCCGAUUCGGCCUGGUCACCAGGGACACAGAUCUCGAGGAACUCAUCGGCGUCGUCAUUGAGACUGGCAAGAAGGUCGAAGAAUCAUCCAAGUACCUCGAAACGAUGGCCGAUGUGGUGAAGAAGGGUAUCGAGAAAGCUGCAGAGGACCUCGAGAAAGAGAACAGAGAAAAGUUGUUGCAGGAGGGCCUCUUGAGACAAGUACCCCUUGUUAGUUCCCUAAUAAAUUGGUGGUCGCCAGCACCCAAGGACGUUAUCAAGGGCAGAACUUUUGAUCUCACAUCUGGGAAAAUUGUCAGCACCGAGGAGAUAUACAAGUCAGGGAUUCAAAUAUUAGAGCACCCCGUCCCUAAUUCCAACCAGCCAAUCAGAGAUCAUCCCUCCAAAUUCAGCCUGAAGCGUAAACCAAAGCCUGUCCAUCAUACUACUGAGGCCGCCGUAUCACAAAAUGUCAACAACAACAAUAAUAAUAAUAACAACAUAAACAACAACAACAACAACAACAUGGACAAUAAUAUUAAUAAUAAUAAUAGUAUUGUUGACAAAAAUAUUGUUAAAACCAGUCUUGAUGGCAACAACAAUAUAGAGGUGAAUAAUUUGAAUGGCCCAUCCACUGGGGGUAUUCCUAACUCCAAAGAAGCAUUAAAUAGUAAUUAGGAGCUAUUUAUUUGGAUAUAAUAAUUC